AUUGAUGCUUGUAUUGUGGUCGUAAACGGUAUUAAUUCUAGUGUUAUAAUUUCUUCUCAUAAGAUCAUCGUCUGGAAUCAUCAACGUCCAUUGGGACUGGUGCUGAUUGUCGUUGUUUAUUGAAGAGGUUACUUUGUUGACAUUUAUUUCUCUGAAUCCUUAAGUUUGGUAUGUAGUUAUGCUUGUGUCUGUCCUCUCGGUGGGAAUAUGGCAUAUUGGUUAUGGGUGUCUCCAUGUUGAUAAUGUUUGUGGAAAUUUUGCGUUGUUCCACUGAGGAUAAUCUUUAGGUGAAUUCCUCUAGUUGCUUUUUCAAUGUUUCCUCAAUGCAGCGAUUUGUGCAUGGAGUUGGACCAUUUGGUGUUCCACUUUGAUUUGUUAGUACUGGCGAAUUAACUGUCCAAUGUUUCAGGAUCUGUUAAUUUUUGCUUCUAGUCGGAAUAUAUUUAAUUUAUUUGUUGUCGUCAAAGGCUGCUUUCUUGCUGUUUAGUCGAGGUGUAAACAUGUAAUCUUCUUUCUUAGAUUACUGCUGUUUCGUUGUUGUUGGAUUCGGCGCUGUCCGCUUUUUCAGGAUCUGCUUUGAAUCGUAUGCUACUUUUUCAAGCAGUUUGUAUUGGAAGUCCUACUUCCCGUGGUAUUUUAAUUUUAUCCUUCUUUAGAAUCACGGAGUUCCUGUCUUUUCAAGGAUGUCUCCUGGCUUUUUUGAUAGCAAGUAAAAAUUUGCCAUCCCGGUUGAGCCCCCAGUUAAUAUCGUUUACACGAUAUGAGUCUUAAGAAUAUCAAUAAAGAGUACACAUUUCGGUGCAGCUCAAAAGUAUAUUUCUUUCGACUCAUAUCGUGUAAACGAUAUUAACUCGCGCAGAACAAAGUUUGCAUAAUUUUCUAAAGAGCCUUGUGCAAAAACUGAUGUAAACAAACGUAUGUGUGUGAAUUUGAAUCUCUUUAAACACGUGGGUAUUCAUAAUUGAUUCUCUAUAUAUCUAUACGGCUCACUCUCAUCCCCUUUCUAAAUUACGAAAAGAAAUUUUCACUUAAUUCCAUGCUUGCUCCUCUCCAAAGCUCUGCUGUACGUAUUUCUCCAGUUCAUGAAUAUUUCGAAAUUUAAAAAUGCCUAAAUACAAAUGAAAAUUAACUAAAAAUGUAAUUUUAUUUGAAACUUAAUAACUUACAUACGAUUGGUUUAUCUCACGGAUUACCAGCUACAUACAUAGGCAUUUCACAACUUCUCAAAACUUCUAUGGAAAUGUAUGCUGUCCCUUUUCGACGUAUACAGAAUUUGCUUUUGGAAAAAUCGUAAACAUUGACAGUAAUUUUACUGUUCAUUUGACUGUCAGUGGUGACAGUACUAAAGAAUGCAGAUAUUUCAUUCUUACAUAUGUAGAGCUAUAGAGAGUAAGAGUCUCUUUUUAACAAUAACAGUGACGGUCAAUUGCCGGGUAAUUUGUCCGUCAGUACUGACAUAAUAAAUGUGAGUGUAUUGGUGAACCCAUUAAAAGUUUCUUGUAGGGAGUAGACGCAACUCUUUGAGAAUAUAAUGAAUGUAAACCGAAUAUUUGUUUACUUUCUUUCACUGGCUUUAUAAUUCCACUGCAUAGAAAAUGAUUUCGUGCAUGGAAAUUGAAGAAACAUAUAUUUUCUUCUACUUGUUAUAAACUUAUAAAUAAAGUCUCUUUAAUUAUGUACAAAGCUAAAGAAAUGUAUGUUUUUGAUUAAUAUUACUGUGAAGUUAUAUAAGUUUUCUAUGCUGCAUAUUCUCAUUAUAUCGUUCAUAAUUCAGCGACCCGCUAAAAUAUCGGUAAAUUUUCAUUUUAAGGGAGUAUCGAGUUGUCGGCAAUGUGCUGUUUAACCCAGUGUAGAAUUCCCAAAAAGACUGUGGUGGACAUCAAUGAUUCGUACUUAUCCACAACAUAUUCAAAACACUCGUUUUUCCUCGUUAAGCUUAUCAGAUAAAACGUUUGUUCGACUGCAAUUUAUAUUAUGUAUAUAAUAGGGUGGAGUGAAAAAAACAAUUUUUGGACAAAAAAAAAUUUUUUUAACAUCUAAAGGCGCACUCAGUUUUAAAGUAAAUUUGUGAGUCUAGGUGUUAAAAAAAAUUUUUUUUUUUGUCCAAAAAUUUCCUUUUUUUUAUAAUCUACAGAUUUUCCCCCAGGCUAAGCAAAAAAAAAAAAUUUUUUUUCGCUCCACCCUAGUAUAUAAUCAUUAAAAUUUUAUAUUUCUUUGUUUACAAUUGCAAUGCUCAUUUGAAUAGAGGCGGAAAACUGAUGGCAAUAGCUAUUUUUGUUUAUAGACUGGAAUACUAAGCUUAUCAUAGCAUUCCUUAUCAGGUUUGUUUUUUUAUUAAGUAUUCGAAACCUUGUGCUGAUAAGGGCUUAAUGACUGUCUAGCUAUUGAGUAGUGAAGAUCUAAAAUUCAAUAUUAAAAUAAAUUGGUUUUAAAUUUUUAUUUUUAAAAACAAACAUGAAUAAAGUUGGCAAAAUCGGCGUUUUGGGGGGUGGUAAAAUGGCUCUUGCAAUGGUGAAAGGUUUUCUCUCAGCUGGUCUUACAAAGCCUGAGGAAAUAAUUGCCAGCGUACAUCCAGAUGAUAAACAAAGUUAUACGCAAUUUGAGCAAAUAGGUAUUGAGACGGUGGUAAAAAAUGAACCGGUUGUAGAGAAAUCGGAUAUAGUAUUUAUAUCAGUUAAACCACAGGUGGUGCCUGUUAUAUUACCUGAAAUCAGACCAUUGAGCAACAACAAGUUGUUUAUUUCAAUAGCCAUGGGCAUCACUUUAAAGAUGUUAGAACGGGUGAGUAUUGCUGAGGACUGGGUGUUAUUUAUUUCACAAAUUCACUUCAAUUUACAGCAAUUAUCCUCAGGUGCCCGAGUCAUACGUGCAAUGCCUAAUACUCCGGCACUGGUGAAAGCGGGAUGUUCGGUAUAUGCACGCGGUGCAAAGGCAAGCCAAAACGAUGGCGAGUUAACAAAGUUACUUUUGGAAGCGAUUGGCACAUGUGAAGAAGUUCCGGAAAUUUGGUUUGAUCCCAUUACAGCUCUGAGCGGAAGUGGACCAGCUUAUGUAUUUGUCAUGAUUGAGGCACUAGCGGAUGGCGGGGUUCGAAUGGGUUUGCCGCGUGAUUUGGCAUAUCGACUUGCCGCACAAACUGUUUUGGGCUCAGGAAAAUUGGUACGCGAUACAAGAGAACAUCCGGGUGUCUUGAAGGACAAUGUAACUAGCCCAGCGGGUUCAACUGCGGCGGCGCUUAAAGUUUUAGAAACGGAAGGUUUUCGUGGAACAAUUGCCAAUGCAGUAGAAGCUGCAACCUUAAGAUGUCGGCAAAUAUCAGGCAAUUAAUUUUAGUAAGAGUUUAAUUGUUUAAAUAUUCUUAAGUAAUGUAUAUUAAAUUUUGUAUUUCAAAUAAAACUGCUAACAAUAUAAUAUAA